UCGUGUCAACGGUAUCGCUGCUCUAUGUAUAGUCAGUUACAUUUUACCAGACGUUUACAAAAAGUUAUUGGAAAAUUUUUAAAUAACAUUCAUUUGUGCCAUGGAAUAUUGGUCGAUGUUAUUAUCGAUAGCGAUUGGAGUGAUCAGCAUUCAUUAUCUUUUUAAAAAUUUUAAUUUCUUUAAAAGAAAUGAUAUUAUACACUUACCGCCUCUUCCAUUAUUUGGAUCUACGAUAUCGAUGGUAUUCCGUCGAAUAUCAUUCUUCGAUUUCAUGCUGAAGAUAUAUAAUUGUUAUCCAAACGCAAAGUAUUUUGGAUUCUACUUCACGACAACUCCAGUCUUUCUGCUCCGUGAUCUGGAACUCAUUAAAUCCGUUCUUGUUAAAAAUUUCGAUGCAUUUCCAGAUCGUCGUGGUUUCGCCGAUUUUAACGAUCCUUUAUUUGAAAAAAAUUUGUUUUCUCUUCAUGGAGAAAAAUGGCGGAACGUGAGAAAUCUGUUGAGUCCUUCUUUUACUUCCAGCAAGAUGAAAAUGAUGUUCACAUUGAUGUCAGAAUGUGCUGUGGAUUUUGCCAAAUUUCUGUCAACAUCAGCAGAUAAAGGCGGUAUAAACAUGAAAGAUGUCUGCUCUAAAUAUACAACCGAUGUCAUUGCUACAUGUGCGUUUGGAAUCAAAGUCAACUCUAUGAAAGAUCCAACAAACAAAUUCUAUAUUUACGGCAAGGAGGCGAGUAACUUCACAGGGGUUCUUCGUGGUAUAAAGUUCUUUUUUCUUGAAACAUUUCCAAAACUCGGACGAAUUCUCAAUGUGAAAAUUAUGAAGAAUUAUGUUUCGGACUUCUUCAAGGAUAUUAUAAGGACUACAAUCGCCACUCGUGACGCAGAACACAUUACGCGUCCGGAUAUGUUGCAGUUGAUGAUGGAUAUCAGAGGCAAAGAAGGUCGAAGAGAACUAGACAUCGACGACAUGACUGCGCAAGCGUUCAUCUUCUUCCUCGGCGGUUUCGAGACGACUUCAACUGCAAUGUGCUUCGCAGCUCAUGAAAUUGCAGCUAAUCCAGAAGUUCAGACGAAAUUACAACAAGAAAUCGACAAGGUUUUAGAGGAGUCGAACGGAGAAGUGUCUUACGAAACUAUUAAUCGGCUCGAAUAUUUAGAUGCGGUGAUAUGUGAGACUCUUAGAUUAUAUCCACCAGUCGCCAUUUUAGAAAGGUUAUGUGAAAAAACUUUUGAGUUACCACCUGCAUUGCCGGACGAGAAACCUUUUAUGAUGAAGAAAGGUAUGCUUGUUUGGAUUCCUGUUCUUGCAAUCCAUCAUGAUGAAAAGUAUUAUGACAAUCCGAAGAAAUUUGAUUCAGAAAGAUUUUUAAACAAUAAGAUGAACAAUUCUUCGAAUUAUAUGCCAUUUGGAUUAGGACCGAGAAUGUGUAUAGCAAACAGAUUUGCCAUGUUGGAAGUCAAAGUUUUAUUGUUUCAUUUAUUAGCGCAAUGUGAACUGAAACCUUCUGUGAAAACUACGUCACCAAUAAAAUUCUGUAAAGACUCUCUUCCAAGAUUGAUGCCGGAGAAUGGAUUCUGGUUAAAUAUUCAGCGUAGAAAAAAUAUUUAUUCUAUACAGGCAUCUACAAUAAUGGAUAGUUAGGUUU